CCAACCAACAAACAUUCCCCUAUGAUCCAGUUUUCACCACUCCACAAAAAAAAAAUCACUUUCUUCCAAAUUCUCUGGAAACUCUGUAACAAUGGCUGCCACAAGAACCGGAGCAUUGAAUAUGGGCAUCGUGUUGCUUACCAUGCAGCUUCUAUGGCCUGGUGGAUCCAGGGCUCAGUCGCCAGACUGCUCGACCGCGCUCACCACCUUGACCCCCUGCCUCCCAUAUAUCACCGACAAAUCCUCCACCCCCGAGGAGAAUUGCUGCACCAAGCUGAAAGAUGUUGUCAGCUCAUCGCCGCUGUGCUUGUGCCAGGUCGUCGAUGGCUCGUUUGGCGUCUCUGGUAUCAACCGAACACGGGCUAUGGAGCUGCCUGCUGCUUGUAAUCUGCAGACUCCACCUGCGAGCAGAUGCAAUGCUACUUCCCCUUCGGCAAGCCCCCUAACAGCCACUCCCAGUUCUCCAGAAGUAUCAGGGAGUGUGCCCGCAACUGCUAGCUCAGAUGGGAGCUCAAUCAAGGCGUCAUCGUCUUUGCUGCUCCUCUUCUUCUUCAUCAUUGCAGCAUCAUAUUGCUCUUCUGCCUCCAUGAUAUACUAAUGGUCUCCCUGAUCAGACAGCUUUCAGCCAUUACAUGUAUUACCAUAUAACGUAUGCUCCGGAUUGAAUAAUUGAGGUACUGUUCUCAGGAGUGUGAGCUAAUUGUGUUUUUGAAUCAUGUACGAGAUUAGAAGUUCACAUAUUUAUACGAGGAAGCUAAUUCAGU